AUCUCUGUUUACCGAGAGAGCCAGUCCAAGUAGGGCUCCAUCUCUGCACUCGCUCCCCUUCGGGCCCCGCCCGCCUGUGAAGCAGGGAGCAAACCCGGCAGAGUCUUUUCUCGCCCUUUCCCUCCCCCACCGCCCGGAGAGGUCGGGUAAGGGGGAAGGAGUGUGUGUGGGAGGGAGAGUCCCCCAGCCUGGGGGAUCUGGCUGUCCCCAGUCCCGGUACCUCGCGCAGACCCAGGCGUUCCAUCCCUAGUCCUGGUUCCCACUCCCUCCGCCCCCGCACUAUCGUGCUCGGGAGACGUGCCCUCCCUGGGCAAGCAGCCAGAGUCGGCAUCUCAGGGUUGCCAGCUCCCUAGCGGAGUCACAGACGUGAAGACUUCGCUCACGAGCGUCUCCUCACCUCCGCAGACGGCGAUGACCCCCAAGCCUGCCGGCCCCCCCGACGGGGGCUGGGGCUGGGUGGUGGCGGCCGCAGCCUUCGCGGUGAACGGGCUCUCCUACGGGCUGUUGCGCUCCUUGGGCCUUGCCCUCCCUGACCUUGCGGAGCACUUUGACCGCAGCGCCCAGGACACUGCGUGGGUCAGCGCCCUGGCCCUGGCCGUGCAGCAGGCAGCCAGCCCAGUGGGCAGCGCCCUGAGCACACGCUGGGGGGCGCGCCCGGUGGUGAUGGUUGGGGGCGUACUUACCUCGCUGGGCUUCGUCUUCUCGGCUUUCGCCCGCAGUCUGCUGCACCUCUACAUCGGCCUGGGCCUCCUCGCUGGCUCCGGCUGGGCCCUGGUGUUCGCCCCUGCCCUCGGUACCCUCUCGCGUUACUUCUCCCGCCGUCGAGUCUUGGCGGUGGGGCUGGCACUCACCGGCAACGGGGCCUCCUCGCUGCUCUUAGCUCCAGGCUUGCAGCUCCUCCUUGAUACUUUCGGCUGGCGGGGUGCCCUGCUCCUCCUUGGCGCUAUCACCCUCCACCUUACCGCCUGUGGCGCCCUGCUGCGACCCCUGGCCCUCCCAGGCGACCCUUCGGUCCCACCCCGCGGCCCCCUAGCUGCCCUCGGCCUGGGACUCUUCACACGCCGGGCCUUCUCAGUCUUUGCUCUGGGCACGGCCCUGAUUGGGGGCGGGUACUUUGUCCCCUACGUGCACUUGGCCCCCCACGCUUUAGACCGGGGCCUGGGAGGAUACGGGGCAGCGCUGGUGGUGGCCGUGGCUGCGGUGGGGGACGCGGGCGCCCGGCUGGUCUGCGGGUGGCUGGCGGACCAGGGCUGGGUGCCCCUCCCGCGGCUGUUGGCCGUGUUCGGGGCUCUGACAGGGCUGGGGCUGCUGGCGGUGGGAUUGGUGCCCGUGACAGGGAGCGAAGAGGGCUGGGGGGCCCCCCUGCUGGCCGCGGCUGUAGCCUACGGGCUGAGCGCUGGGAGUUACGCCCCGCUGGUUUUCGGUGUGCUCCCGGGGCUGGUGGGCAUCGGAGGCGUGGUGCAGGCCACGGGUCUGGUGAUGAUGCUGAUGAGCCUCGGAGGGCUCCUGGGCCCUCCUCUCUCAGGAUUCCUAAGGGAUGAGACUGGAGACUUCACCGCCUCCUUCCUCGUAUGCAGCUCUUUCAUCCUUUCCGGCAGCUUUAUCUACAUGGGGCUGCCCAGGGCGCUACCCACCUGUCGUCCAGCUUUACCUCCUGCCACUCCUCCCCCUGAGAGGGGGGAGCUGCUUCCGGUUCCCCAGGCUGCCCUGCUCUCCCCAGAGGGCCCUCACUCCACUCUGGACACGGCAUGUUGAUAAUUUUCUUGUUUGAGACCCUCCUCCAAUAAAGAAUUUUUAUCUGGUU